AUGUGUCCGGAAGACGAACAGACGACCGAGUUGCAGCAGGCCCUCGCUGUGAACCUCCUACAGGCGGACGACGCCCGACGUGAUGAUGAUUCCGUUUACGCCUCCUCAGCAGGCUCAGGGAGCUUCAAGACGUCCUUAGCUUCGAGUGUUCUUAACUACAAAUACGAGAAUGGCCGUCGAUACCAUGCUUUCCGGGAAGGUUCUUACCUGAUGGUACGUAUCUACUCUGCACUCCACGGAAACCAGGCUGAGACAUGGAAGCCCAAUGACGAGGAAGAGCAAGACAGAAUGGACCUGUUGCAUCACAUCUGCAACCUGGCUCUCGGGGGUGAACUUCACCGUUCUCCCGUCAAGGACCCUCAACGCGUGCUUGAUCUGGGCACUGGUACCGGAGUUUGGGCUAUGGAUUUUGCAGAUGAAAACCCUGGCGCGGAAGUUAUUGGAACUGAUCUGAGCCCUAUUCAGCCUGGAUGGACCCCUCCUAACUGUCUCUUCGAGGUCGACGACUUUGAAGCCGAAUGGCCCUACUCAAGACCCUUUGAUUUCAUCCACGGCCGUGAGCUCGAGGGCUGCAUCGCCGACGACGACAAGCUUUUUGCCCAGGCCUUUAAGCAUCUGAGCCCCGGCGGUUACUUUGAGUUGCAGGCAGCUUACACACGUUUCCUCUCUGACGACGACACUGCCAAGAAGGCUGCGGAUGUUCACUCUUGGUGUAGCCAGCUGGUUGCGGGAAUUGAAAAGUUUGGAAAGCCUAUAGAUGGUGCUCCUACGUGGAAGAAGAAGUUGGAGGAGGCUGGAUUCCAGGACGUCCAACAGGAGAUUCUCAAGCUACCCAUCGGCGGCUGGCCCAAGGAUCCCAAGCUCAAGGAACUCGGCAAGUAUCAGCUCAUCCAGCAGAUUCAAGGCGCCGAGUCAUAUACGCCCGCCGUCUUCUCCCGAGUCCUCGGCUGGAGUGACGAGGAGAUCCAGGUGCUCAUCGCCAAGGUGCGCAAGCAGUUCAACGACCCGACCAUCCACCUCUACAUUCCGGUCUAUGUUAUCUGGGGUAAGAAGCCUGAGCAGAAGGAGGAUUGA